AACUACACAGUAUAACAUGCCACUAAAGGUGUAGUAAGAUUAUGUAAGUCAGUAAUUGUUUGAACGGAAGUCCUUCAUCCCUUCACGCCAAUUCCCAUAGUGAUGAAUUAAUAAUCUUGCAAAGACAUGUACUUCCUUUUACUGUAAUGGGAGGUAGAUGAGAAUCAAGGAAUACCUGUAGAAAUUCCCCUCCUGUCCCACUAUAAGAGCACCUGCCAUCACCAUGCAGAGGUGCACAUCAUUCUAUAAAGAAAAACACCUGGACCUCAGACCUCACCAGGUAAUAGCACAUUUAUUUUAUCAUAUACAAGACGCAUAAAUUAUUACAUUUAUGUAGCACAUAUAUGCUUAUGUUUGACUGACUUUUGUUUUUAUCCCAGACUGAACCAUCGGUAGCCUAAUGAAGGACUUGUUCAUCAUAUAUAGCAUGUUUGUAUGCACCAUGCUGUGUGGUCUAUGGGACACAGCCCAGGGUCGGAAACUUCACUUGGGUAGUUGUAAAGUGAACAUACACACGCAUGAACUCAGGCAACACUUCCAGAACAUCCGGCAAAGCAUGAUUUCAGGAGAUGAUCACAAGGGAAUCAGAUUACUUAGAAAAGAUAUGAUGCACAGUUUACAGGCUACAGAAAGCUGCUGUUUCCUCAGGCAACUCCUUCACUUCUACAUGGAUAAAGUUUUUAUCGACUACACCAGCAGUCAUUCCGUACAUCGCAGAACCACCAGCGUUCUGGCCAACUCCUUCCUCAGUAUCACCAAGGACCUGCGAGUGUGUCAUGCUAAUGCACAAUGUGAAUGCGGGGAAGAUGCUAAACUAAAACUCACAGGCAUUCAAACCACGUAUGACAAGCUUGAUCAGGCAUCAGGAGCAGUGAAAGCUAUCGGAGAGCUGGAUUCACUACUUGAAUGGAUAGAAAGUUUCCAGCACCACUGAUAAUACACCAAGACCAAGCCAGAUAUUUAUUACAGUUCUAAAACAGGGACAGCCGCAUAGAUUCAAGAAUAAAGAAUCUUUACUGCUUGACUCUAAAAACAGUUUUAAAACGUUUCCGCUUCUUUAGAGUUUAUGUGAGAAUAAUUUAUUUAUAAUGAACUAUUUUAGACAAUAUUUCUUAGCAUUUUUGCAUG